AAUGAAAAAAGUUUUGGAUGAAAUUGAUGAAAUUGAAAACUAGACGAAAAUUUGAUCCUUCGAACGAUUUUCUUAUCAACUUUUACGAAGAUUUAAGGAUCGAAAGCACGUUUCGAAGCGUUUCCUCGAGCGUUAGCUACGGAGAAGAAGAGAAGAAGAGAAGAAGAGAAGAAGAGAGGAGAGAACGGGGAAAGCGAAGAGAAACGACGACGACGACGACGACGACGACGGCGACGAGGACGAUGUCGUUGGUUGCUUCAGGUCCAGACUCUUCCUGCCUAAAAAUUUUAUACGAGACAAUGGAGACUCAGCCUUGGCUCUUUCCAACCAGCCGGGAACAACGACAACGACAACGACACAACGACGACGAUGACAACGACGACGAAAACGACGACAACGACGAGGACGAGGACGAGGACGAGGACGAAAAGAGACUCGCGCAUUCCGGGGACCCGUUCUCGACCUCCUCCGCGCGUGUCACAACGGCGUCAUGCGGGUCGUACAGUCCGAGAUCGAAAAAAGACAAAAAGAAUUGAAAAGAAAGAAGAAAAAGAAAAAGGAGACCAAAAAUAAAAAAAGAAAGAAAGAACGAGAGAAAUGAGAAAUGAGAAAUGAUGGGGUAAAGAGGGUGGAAAGGGAGAAUAAGGAGGGUACCAAGAGGUCGACGACGAUUCAAUUUUCUGAUUAGAAAACUUAACGAUGAGACCUUCUCAAAUUUCGUUCCAAUUUUUUUCCUUUUCUUUUCCUUUUUUUUUUCUCUUGACUCGAUCAACAUAUACGCUUAAACGCGCACGAUCGAUCUUCCUUCUAUUUUUCUAAGAUCUUUUAAUAAAUAUCGCAUCGAUGUUUGAAUAAGUGACGAAUUAUUAGCGCUAAGGAAUAAUUAUUAUUUAAGAAAUUUACGAAAUUUGCGAUUAUCGCAUGCUCAAAAAUUAUCGUUUAAUAAAUGAAUUGUACGAACGGAUAGAUACAUAUGUAUCAAUG